ACUUCCAGGAUCCAUUUCCAACAUGCCGCCUGCCGGGCAGAAGAUGUAGCACAGAGACGUUACAAAACACUGGACUUUCACUUACAUAAAGCACUUCUCACGUGUGGUGUGCAUGAAAAUAACAAUUCAACGAAGAAGAAGGAGCGCUAUCCUAUUGCACUGAAAUGGCACGGGCAAAGAAGGCUCCUUCAGAAGCAUCUGAAUCGAAGCAUAAGUCGAGGAAGCAGAAUGGAGAAACGUCUGGGGCUGCAGGACAAACCAUCUCCAAGAAGCUACGGCAGAAGAUGGACGGAAAGACCACAUUGAAAACAGGGCCUGUUUUCCCAACCACCAUGACCAAGUUUUCAGUUGGGAAGAGAAGUGGACCAGGAAGCAUCCUGCACUACAUUUACCAGAGUACACUGGGGCAGAGCCUUCAUUCUCAGAUGAGACAGUGUCUCCAGGAGCCGUUUGUACGUUCCCUGUCCUCCUAUAAGCUCCAUCGUACAGCCAGUCCGUUUGACCGGCGGGUCACCUGUCUGGAGUGGCACCCCACACACCCCACUACGCUGGCGGUCGGCUCCAAGGGAGGAGACGUGGUCCUCUGGGACUACAGCGUGCUCAACAAGACCAGCUUCAUACAAGGGAAAGGAGCCGGGGAUUUUAUUGGCGGGAUGACGUUUAGCCCGACGGACCCGUCCAAGGUCUACCUGGCGUCCGGCGACGGUACACUGACUGAGCAGAGCUUUCAGGGUGGUCCAGCAACGGUUCUGUCCAGAGUCCAGGACUGUGGACACGAUCACCACAAUGUCUGUCUGUGGUACUGCUGUGUAGAUGUGUCGUUGAGCAGACAGAUGCUGGUGACAGGAGACAACAUAGGUCGAGUCUUAUUGCUGGGCAUGGAUGGACACCAGGUCUUCAACGAGAAGUUGCACAAGGCUAAAGUGACCCAUGCUGAAUUCAACCCCCGCUGCGAUUGGUUAAUGGCGACAGCGUCCGUUGACCACACGGUGAAGCUAUGGGACCUGAGGAACAUCAAAGACAAGAACAGUUACCUCCACGAGAUGAUUCAUGACAAAGCUGUUAACUCGGCCUACUUUAAUCCAAUGGACUGCUCCAAGCUCCUGACCACGGACCAGUAUGACCAGAUCAGGGUGUACUCCUCUUCUGAUUGGUCAACUCCUCAGCAGAUUAUCCGGCACCCACACAGGCAGUUUCAGCACCUCACACCUAUCAAGGCCUCGUGGCACCCUCUGUACGACCUGAUGGUGGUUGGACGGUACCCUGACGAGAGGGUGUGUCCAGGUGCCCUGAGGACCAUCGAUAUCUAUGAUGCCAACACAGGAGAGCUGGCAUGCCAACUACUGGACCCCAACGCCCCUGGCAUCAUAUCUGUCAACAAGUUCAAUCCAAUGGGAGAUGUUUUAGGAUCUGGAAUGGGAGUGAACAUCCUAGUGUGGAACAGAGGUGAGACAUUGGCUGGUAAGCAGCAGAGAGGAGAGCUACAACAGGAAGCAGGAGUCCAGGUUGGCAGAGGUAGAGGCCAGCGGAGGAGAAGAGGGGAGACUCGGAGGGGGGAGGAUGAGGACGACAUUGGGAAGCUGAAGAAGAAGCUGUCUUCCUCCUCGGUGACCAGAACCAGAACAUCCAGGGACAAACAGCACAACAGCCAGACACAGAAGGGUCCAAAUAAAUAAACGGGGAGAAGGGGAGAGAGGUUUUUUUGUGAUGUUGGAAGAGUUAUGUAGUUAUGUCUAUGACAUUUUCACCUACAGGUAACUGACAAAAUAAAGGAAACACCAACAUACAGUGUCUUAAUAGGAUGUUGGGCCACCACCAACCACCAGAACAGAUUCAAUGCUCCUCGGUAUAUAUUCUACAAGUGUCUGGAACUCUAUUGGAGGGAUGAGACACCGGUCUUCCACGAGAAAUUCCAUCGUUUGGUGUUUUGUUUGUUGAUGGUGGUGGAAAACAAUGUCUCAGGCGCCACUUCAGAAUCUCCCAAAAGUGUUAAAUUGGGUUGAGAUCUGGUGACUGAGACACAUCCUCUAUGUUCCUUUGAGAGCCCUCUUUCAGUCACUGAGAUCUGGUGACUGAGACACAUCCUCUAUG